UGGCUAUGAUUGUACCUAUCUAUGUAGUCUGAUUUGAAAAUAAAUUUACUCAUCAAUGUACACUUAAAAACUUUUUUAAAUACUUUGUAUACAAUUUACUGAAGUAUUAGAUGGUUAGAAUGUACCGAACACGAUAGACUAUUUAAAUUUAAAGCAAUUCUACAAAGCCUCUGAUUAUAAAUAGCAAAUUUAUAAAUCAUAAAACAUUUCUGUACGAGAUAGUCGCUGAAUUUCACUAGUAUUUCAUUCACAUAUUUUACUUUCCAUAGGAUUAUACAAAAUAUGACUAAUCUUUAUAAGUUGUGUGCAACUGUCCUGAUAAAGAAACGUGUAUUGAAUGGUUGAGAAGAGAAGGUCUCUUGCCAUCUAAGGAAAGAAUGUGCUCUAAAUGCAAGAAUAAACCAAUGACAUUCGAAGCCGACCACGGUCUAGGACGAUAUAGAUGCAAAGCAACCACAGUUGGCAGGGCCCAAUUUAUCAAUCUGCGUCCCAAGGAACAUGGUUUGAAAACUGUAAAAUCGACCCUAGAAGAGUCGUUUUACUCCUCUACUCUUUUUCAAGAGGCCUUAGCUACGAUCUAUGUAUUAUUGAGACCAUGGUUGAUGACAUUGCAACAUCAUCAGCAACUAUUGCCGAUUGGUAUAGUUAUUGUAGGGAAGUAUGUAUGUUAAAAAUGGAUGAAAGUUACGAUUUUAACGGUAAGAUAGGGAGCCCUGGCCGGGUUGUUGAUAUAGAUGAGUCAAAAGUUGGGAAAAGAAAGUACCAGAGAGGGCGGCUUGUAGAAGAAGUUUGGAUUCUGGGUAUGAUUGAGAAGGAUGGGGGACAUCGAUUAGAGAUCUGUCCUGAAAACAAAAGGAAUAGAGAAACAUUAUUCCCACUGAUAAUGAAGCAUGUUGCACCUUACACCGAAAUCUGGACUGAUGAGUGGGCAGCAUAUAGAGGCCUGGACCAAAUUCCUGGCAUGAACUAUAUACACCGCACUGUCAACCAUAGUGCUGAAGGGGGACGGUUUGUUGACCCCAUAACUGGGGUCAAUACACAGAGGAUUGAGGGGAGUUGGAGAAUCAUGAAGAUGCACCUCAGUAAGAGAGGCAUACGGAGUGAUGAAAUGGCCAUGCACUUAUGCGAGUUUCUAUGGCAAAGGGAAGUCAGACAUAAUCAAGAUCCUUUCCAGGAACUGUUAAGUGCAGUGAAAAUGGUGUAUCCAGUAAAAUUGGAAUGAUAUAAAUCAUGUUACUGUACAAGGUCAAGUUAGGUUAAGAUUUGAUUGUAUUAUAAGUUGUUUAGGUUAGGUUAGAUUAGGUUAGGUUAGGUUGGGUUAGGUACGGUUGGGUUUUGUAUUUAAUUUAUAAAUUGGUUGGGUUCGAAUUGUUGGCUAUGUGUUUAGGUUUUAUUCAAAUCUAAUGGUGAAUUGGGUUAGGUAUUGUUAAUUUACAAAUGGGUUGGAUUUUUCCCCAAUAAAAGAUUGGGUUGGUAUUGGAUUAAAUUGUACAAGGUUAAAUUGUAUUUGAUUAGGUAGGCUUAGGUUAGGUUAGAUUAAUUCGUUUGCAUUGUUCUUUCUAUAGAAUUUGAUAUAUGGAUCAUAAUUCCAAGAAAUACAGAAAAAAAUAAUACAAACUUGUAUGGUAAACUGUG